CAAGGAUGGCUAAAUCCCAAGAUGACCAGAAUAAAGAAGCUCUACUCUACUGGGUGAAUGACCUCAAAGUACGAUUUGAGACAUUGUGCACAAAAAUUUCUCAAGAUUCAAAUGACAACCCAGAACUCAAAGCCAAUGAAGAGUUGUUGCAUCAAAAGUGCAAGAAUGAGCUCCCUGGAUUACUUAAAAGGCAGCACCACUCCAAAAUAGAUCCUGAUUUGCUCAAAUGGGAGCAAUGGACCAACGAGCUAAUCAAAUGGUCUGAGCAACAAUACUCCUAUGUGAUGCCUCCAAUGCCUGAAUUCAGUGCAAAGAAAGUUGAAACUACAUAUAAAAAGUUCUUGGCUUUAUUCUUAAAAGAACUAAAUGAUAAAGCUCCAACUCAUUACGUUGCUAAGAAGACACAGGAAAUUUAUAAGAACGACUCAGCCUCAGAAGAUAAAUCUCCACAGAAGGCACCUCAGUUAGUUAAAAGACAAAGCUCAACAAGAAAAAGGAAGAGGGAAACCUCCAAGAAGAAGUCUGAGGAGAGCAAGGAGACUCCUGCCGUUAUUAAUGAGCCUGAGGUGCGUCUUGAAGAGACCCCACCGCAAAUUCCACCUCCAGUGAUUGCUCCUCAAAUGCCUAAAACAACUAUUGAGAGGGGAAGAACUGAUCCUCCACAGCCGCCUAUUCCUGAUGAAGACUCUAAUCUCCCUUUCAGGAAGAAAAUGAGGAUAAAUGAUGAUAGGAAGUCUAUCAUAAAGACUAAUAGCGGUGUUCUUCCCUUCAGAGUAUAUGAAAAUAUUAAUAAAAUAUGCCAACUAUCUAAUGAAGGUAAAGAGCUCAUGGACAAGAUGAACCAGAAUCAUGGAACACUCAAUGCAAUCUAUUUAGCGCAGCUUAACAUUGCUGAGGAUAAGCCAGAUAUGAAGAUUGAGAACGUACUGGGACUGCUCAACGACAUCAAUGAUAGAUCAUACAGAAUAGCGACUAAUGCUUUCAAUAAUGUCUACAGAAAGAAGCAUGAGUGGUAUAGAUCGAACAAGGAGUACUUCAAGACACCCAUAAACUCCAGUGUGUAUGUAAAGAACUGCAUUCCCCUCAAGGCGAAUUUCCAGAAUCAGGAUACAGGAAAAUUGCCAAAUAUGCCAGAAGAAAAGAAAGGGCAAGAUGGGGAACCCAAGAGCCUGAAGGAUAUUGUUGCCUCUUUGCUUCCAGAUCAGCAAAAAUUUAUCAAGUGAAUCUUUGACAAAUUUAGCCUUAAAGGAACCCCAGGUUUUAACAUUCAUGGAGAUGCUGUCAUAAUCGAGCUAAAAUUUGUAGGAAACAACAGCACCAUAUUGAUUGAAAUGAAUAAGAAAACCGGUGAAUUCUUUUACUAUAGUAAAAAGAAAGAGAAUGGAAAGCCAAAAAACGUGAAAUGUAGUGCGAAGAUGAAGGAUUUCCUGAAAAAGCUUGACCAAGUUUUUAAUAAAACUAAGAAAUAAUAGGUCAUAAUCAUUAUAUCUGCAA